UCAAAUGCAAUUAACACAUCACUGUAACAUAAUGCAGAUGCGUUUAGGAGCAACUUCAUAUUUUCUUGACUGUGGAAAGUUGCAUAAAUUAUACAGUUAAUUAACUGUGGUUAUUUUCCAAUCUGUCCGCGAGGUAUCGUUAAAUGGGUGGUUUAUGUUACACAAGAAGCCAGAUUUCCUAUCGUCAGUGAACGCAUCAGCAGGGGGGCACGUUCAACGCUUGCCUGUCAAGUUAAAAGUGUCCAUGUAAACAAGUUCCCGCACGUUUGUGCUCCGUUACCCAGCUGGUUUCUACUGAAGAUGUGAGAAAACAGUAGUUCCCGGAGGUUCGGUCGAUGUUCCGAGAGCUUUGCGACUGUUAAAGUCUUGACAUGGACGUGGUGUCGGCGGCGUCGCCGCUGGACAUUCCCGCUGCCGAGCUGUCGGUCGUGGACGUUUACGACAUCGCGGCCGUUUUCGGGCAGGAGUUCGAGAGGACCAUCGAUAGGUUCGGCUGCGACGUGUUGACCGGCGUCAUCCCGAAAGUUGUGCGAGUUCUGGAGCUGCUGGAAGUCGUGGUGAGCCGGGCGGCCGCCGGGAAGGACGCCGAGCGGCUGCGGAGCGAGCUGGAGCAGCUGCAGCGGGAGAGGAGCGACAGACAGGAGCAGGAGAAGAAGCACCAGGAGGAGCUGGAGCAGGUGGAGGAUGUGUGGAGAGGUGAAGUCCAGGAUUUACUCUCGCAGAUCUCUCAGCUGCAGGCCGACAAAAAGAAGCUCCUAGUGAGUCUCUCUCUCAGCCAGGCUCCCAUCACUGAAGAAGACCUUCAGAGACAACAAGGAAUGUCCGAGAAAGAGAAGCAGGUGAUGAAGCGGCUGAAGGACUUGGUGGACAAGCAGAGAGAUGAAAUUCGGGCUAAAGACCGCGAGCUGUCGCAGAGAAACAAGGACGUUGAGGCUCUCCAAAUGCAGCAGAGUCGUCUGACAAGGAUCAAUCAGGAUCUCCGCCAUCGGAUCGGAGCGAUGGAGGUGCAGGGCAAGGUGCUGAUCCAGCAGCGGGCAGAGAUGGAAGCGGAAGCUCAGGCACGGCAGCAGGAGGUGGCAGCCCUGCAGCAGCAGGUAGUGAGGCUGAGGGAGGAGCUCCAAGAGCUGGAGAUGGAAAGAGAAGUGAGUGAGAUCGAAGAGACGUCCAGAGCCGGGAAUUCGUCGUCCAGAACUCCAAAGAUGAAGUUGAAGACCAAAGCCAUGAGCGGAGCCAACAAGCAAGAGUCCGUGUGGGAGGAGUGCGGAGGAGACCCUGGCUUUAUGGCCAAGUGUUUCGAGGGUGACGGAAGUCCAUCCUUCACCUCCACUCGUAUAGAUGAUGCAGAGGAGGAAGAUGGGAACACCAUGUCUUUGUUGCAGGUGUCAACUGAUCUGGAGUCCGAUGAGGAGGCAGACAGUCUGGAGCAGGAGUCCGACUCGCCGCGCUUCACCCUGCAGGAGCUGCGGGACGUUCUGCAGGAGAGGAACGAACUCAAGUCACAACUGUUUCUGCUGCAGGAAGAGCUGACCUACUACAAAAGCGAAGAGUGUGAGGAGGAUUUCAACUUGACUGGCGUUGCUCCGUCACCUUCUCCAGCACCUUCGGAGCCGACGGAGUCAGGAAUCAAACGUCUGAUCUUCACUGCCAUCAUGCCAAUGGUAGCCGCUGGGCUGCUGGCCGACGAUCCCACACUGCUGCCCAUCAGGAGACUGAUAUCACUGGUGUGAGCGGCUUUUAUCUGGAAGUGGUGAAGAUCAUUCAGAGCUGCCUGUCUGCUCUUCCAAAGAGAAAAUGUGUGGUCAGGUGGUGCCACCCUGGUGUGAUGACCUGCUCGACUCGGUUUUCACAACAGUCAGCACCUGCUUGACAGUUUAAACUGAUCAGUCAGUUCUGGGCAGAUUUAAACUGUUUUUGUGUCUCAAAUAUGAAUGUAGUUACUUUCAGGUCAAUCUAGUAAUUGUGCUUUUAGAAGGGAAAUUGCCAUUUUUCAAGCAGAAAUGCAGUAUUAUGAACCGUAGCAUGAACUGAGAAGGUGGCAGGUCGUGGGGUGCCAUUGUUUUGGGUCGUUAUUUAUUUGUUCCGAUUCUUCAUUAAAGUUUAUUUUUUAUUAUACAGUGUCUGGUCAACAUUCCUGAGGGAAUUUAAUGACUUGCUCUAUAAAACCAGCUCAGUGAUUUUAACUCUAAUUAAUAUCUAAGUAUAUUUUCAUUAAAGGGGAUUAUUGUCUGAAUUUUGCAAGAUUAAAUUCAUGCUAUUUCAAUUAGGUCGUUAUUUUAUCAAUUCCAAUAAGUUAUUUUUUAUUAACAGUGUUUCAUUUACAAAACGAGGGAUUGAACAUGA